UGUUCGUCUGUCUCUAUAGAUCAGCAUCUGUCUUUGAGUUCUGAAUUCAUCAUUUCUUCUGAGAUCUAGCUCCGAUAUAGUUAAUUUUACAUUCUCUUUGUUUCUCUCUGUGUGUUCAGUUUCUACUCGAACGUUUUUGGCAAUAUGGCUGCGACUCCCAACGCUGCCACCACAAGCAGCGCCGAUCGUAUGGUUGGCGCUGACCACGCUGAAGUUCGCUAUUUCACAAGUUAUGAUCAUCAUGGCAUUCAUGAAGAAAUGCUGAAAGAUGAUGUGCGUACUCGAUCCUAUCGUGAUGCCAUUUAUCAGAACAAGCAUAUCUUCAAAGACAAAGUCGUUCUUGACGUCGGAUGCGGCACCGGCAUUCUCAGCAUGUUCGCCGUUCGCGCUGGCGCUAAGCACGUUAUCGGUGUUGACAUGUCCUCAAUCAUUGAGAAGGCCCGCGCGAUUGUUGCCGUCAACGGCAUGGCCGACAAGAUUACCCUUUUACAGGGUAAGAUGGAGGAGGUGGUACUGCCUUUCCCUCAGGUUGACAUAAUCGUUUCCGAGUGGAUGGGAUACUUCCUUCUAUACGAAAGCAUGCUGGACACUGUCCUUUAUGCUCGUGAUAGAUAUCUUGCUCCUGGGGGCAAGAUCUUCCCGGAUCAAGCCACCAUCUACGUUGCUGCUAUCGAAGAUGGCGAGUACAAGGAUGAUAAGAUCGGCUUCUGGGACAACGUUUACGGCUUUGACUAUAGCCCAAUGAAGGAGACUGCACUCAGCGAACCGCUCGUCGAUACCGUUGAGCUGAAAGCGGUUGUCACUGACCCCUGUCCAGUCCUUACGUUGGAUUUGUACACCGUCACGACGGCCGACCUAGCUUUCCGAGUCCCAUACUCUCUUGCAGUUAAGCGCAGCGAUUUCAUCCACGCCAUCAUCGCUUGGUUUGACAUUCAAUUCACUGCGUGUCAUAAACCAAUCACUUUCUCCACCGGACCACAUGCGAAAUACACCCACUGGAAGCAAACCGUCUUCUACUUGCGCGACGUUCUUACUGUUGAAGAAGAGGAAGUCGUCAACGGUUUUCUUGAGAACAAGCCCAAUUCCAAGAACAAGCGCGACCUGGACAUCAGGUUGUCAUAUAACCUUGAAACACAAGACCAAACUCGUUUUGCGCAAGGCGAGUGCGAAUACAAAAUGUGCUAAACACGGGGAUAUAUGGACACUUCACCAAUCUAACAUACGCAUAUCUCUUCCCCUGGCUUUCUUCCUUUUGCUCAUUGAUUACCGGCGUUAUUGGAGAGGUGUGUGUGAAAAGGCAUAUAAGGCGCUACAUUCGGUCGAUGGAAAAGAUAACAUGAAGAGAUGAUGAUAAUGAGCUCCUCGAAAUUCACAGAUGAGAUAGAUACCCCGAGUUGACGCUGAACAUAUUUAAUCUACUUCGAUUAUUUUGGCUUGUGGCUAUCCCUUGCAUGGUGUAUCUGUGUAACUAUUUGUCUGUAAUACUCAUGUCGGCAUCGGUGUCAGGUUAGGCACCUCGUGCCUCGGCUCCACAACUUUACCGAGCCAUCCCCAGAUUGCUCAUUGAGCAAUGCGGAGUAACCAACCCUAUAUCAACCAUUUACG